GGUCAUUAAACGGUGAUUAUUUAUUUGUUUAUUUAUCUUUUAUUUUGAAAUUAUGACCGGAACUUCACCGGAAGUGAAAGUAAAAUGAAACCCGACUUGAAGGGGAAAACCAACCAUCUAAACUCUACUUUGUUCGUGAAAUAACUGCAAAGAGUUGCACCUGAUGGCGAAGGGAAGACAUACAGUCAUGACCAACUUCUCUACAAUCUACAAACUGUCCCUGGUUGCAGUUAUCUGCUUCAUCCAAGCCUGCAGCAGCAGCUGUCCAGUGUUGGAGUGCUGGUUUGUGCAGGAGAAGGUGGGUCGAGGAGGAGGUUUAGCUGCAGCCACAAGCCAAGAAAAAUCCCUGCUUCACAUCAGAACAGACGCAGGCAGCCACACAGCCGAGUCCCAACAGGCUCCAACCGACAUCAACCCUGACAGAGUCUACUUUAUUACCGACCCAGCUGGCACUCUCUGCCACCGCUCUCUGAACCCCCCCAGAGGCUCUGUCAAGAAGCCCCAGUGUGAGAUCAACCCCUUCCUGCCGCAGCCCUCCACCCUCAAAUGGGUUGCUCCACUCACAGACUCCGCCUUGAGCCCCAUAUACCUGCAAGCUGAUUGGUUUUCAACUGCCCUUCGGGGCCUCAACGAACAGCUGGUCAUUUCCACUAUCAUGCGAGCUCCCACAGCAACCAAAGAGCACGAUGUGAUCCUGAGUGUGAGCAGUAAAACAGUCUCGGUGCAGUCCAGACUCGGGGAACCGGUGCUGCUGGACUGCGGCUUCUGGGCCGACCCCUCCUCGCCUCUAUCCGGGUCGGGUUUUGCCGUAGAGUGGCGCUACCAGUUCAGAGGUGACGGACGAUUUGUUCUGGCUUACGACGGCAAGACGGACCGCUUGGCUGAUACACAAGAGGAAGGGGCCACACUGGACUUUGAGGGUUUGCACGAGAAGGGAAAUGCGUCCCUGAUCCUGCAGGAAGCUAAAGUGCGUCACUCCGGGAUGUACAUUUGUACGGUGUAUCUGCCAUACCUUGUGGCCCAGGUGGCGGUGGAGCUUGAGAUUGUAGAACCUCCGUCCCUCUCCAUCCACCCCUCCCCUCUGCCCCUCGCUGUGCCCGGCCAGACUUUGACCGUCCAGUGUGAGGCGUCCGGCUUUGCCCCCCUCUCCCUGGAGCUGAGCUGGGAGUUUAAAGGCGCUGAUGGGAAGUCCAGGCCACUGGGAUCAGGCAGCGUGACGGGCCACAGGCAGGCCUGGGAUGGAACCUAUAGCCAGAGCAGCCGGCUGGAGCUUGACACGACUAAGCUGGACCUGGGCAGAGGAGGGGAGGUCACCUGUGUGGCUGUCCAUCUUGGAGGCACACGGCGGGUCAGCACGACCCUCAGUGUCAUUGGGUUCAGUACACCCUCCAUUGAGGACUCAAUGGCAAUGGUUGGCGUAGCGCUAGUGCUCUACGGUCUUAUCAAGUUCGUCUCUUGGACCUUCAUCAGCUCAGGCUCAGAUGAGGCUGAUAAACAAGACAAGAAAGACAAGUAAAGAAGAACAAAAUCAAGUGUGAUACUGAGCCACCAAACCUUUCUGUGUUGAUGUCUUGGAUGGGGUUUCAUGAGUGAAUAUCCAGCUGUUCAAGCAGACAGUUACAUCAUUUUUUAAAAGCUAGCAUAGUGGCAGAUCUGCAUAAACUUUUACUUUUUAGGGUUUUUUUUUUUUCACAGAUUCAGAGAGAAGCUUUUUUGCAUCAGUUGUUAUUUUCACUAUUUAGUUGGCAAUAGACAUACUGUUGUGCGAAGGUACCAGCGAGAAUUUUCUGAAAAAGGCUUCUGCUCAGACUAAACAUGUUGUGUUGUGAUAUUUCUUUAAUCUUCCACUUUUAAGCUGCAUUAUCAUAUUGGCCUCCCACUUACAUACUGUAUCUUGUCACGAACACUGGAAAAUGGCCUGAAACUUAGAGAAAUGUUGAAAUGAUAAUGAUAAAUGUUAAUAAGUCAAAAACUAUUAUCUUUAAGGGAGCUGAGCCCGUGUGUGUUUAAAAACUAAAACAUAACAAACCCACAAACUGAAUCCUAUUUUUGUAAAUACACAGAAUAUAAUGUAUGUAUCUUGUUAUUGUAUAUUGUUGUAUGUGUGUUUGUGCGUCAUGGUAUUACUCUCAACAUGUGCUGGUAGGAACGAUGCUCCAACAGUCUGGGAUAAUGCAAAAUUAAACUUACAUAGACAUGUGAAGGAAAUGGUACAAACACAGUACAUACAUGUACGGAAGGGAAAAUUAAAAAUUUGUUUCAGAAUUUAAAAAUCGAAAUCGAAAUCUGCAUUUUAAGUGGAAUAAACACAUUUGUUAAAACA